AUGCCUUCAUCCAUAACAGGAGAAGGACUUGGAUUCAGCCGCGGUUGGUGUAUCAAGGGCGAACGGAACGAAACUCGAGCGAGCAGCUACCCAGUAAGGACCGCCCGUAGAUUGGACAUAUUCUCUACGAACGGACACGGACGGAGAGGACUUGUCGGGUUGCAGGAGAAAUGUCGCCAUAGGACAGGAUCGGAGAAUGCGGUUGUGGCUGGACAGGGGAAAGUUGCGAUAUGCUCCGAUCAAGUGAGCCAGGAUAUACUGUCGGCUUAUCCCAAUCGUCCCAAGCGGGGUAUAAGACACGAUUGA